UUGUAUUAAGUUUGAAUAGUAGUCUAUAUUGCAUAUCUUCUAAGGGCCUUUCCGCAUUAUGACGGGGAGACAUCGCGAUAGAAAUAGAUUUUUGGUUAAGUCUUCGCUAAAGUCGGCCAUUCGCCCGUCUUGUGUGUCAAGUGCAAGCUCAUUCUGACUCCUAUAUGAACACUAAGUACCGAACACGUAGUCUAUGAACACAUAUGAUCCUAUCAAAUGGCACGAACACACGAAUUCCUUCCCUAUGAAGUACCAUGGUACUCCUCUAGGUUGCCAAACCUGGCGUACCAAAGUGAAGAGCUAGCGCUCACUCAAAUGGCCGAAAAGCUUUAUCUUUACUCUUGGUCUUCUUAAACUCUCCCGAGCACACAACAUAUCACCACCACCUUCGAUACCUUCUCCCGUACAAGAAGAAUGUCCACAAGCAUCCCAUGGAUGGACAGUCCAUGGCGUAACCCCGCGAUUGUUUUCGAGGACCUGCCAGAGUCGCUCAUCCUUGAAGACCUAAAACGAUCGUGGCACUUCCAAAGAGAGGCACACUUCCGCUGGAUGCAAAAGGUUAUUUGGACCACGAACGACUGCUAUCGCGUUGUCCUUCGUGACGUCGAAGGCAUGGUAGGCGACAUAGCAAAGGAGAUGUGCAAUAAGCCUACAGCUUUCUAUUGGCUUCAGUCUGCGCAGACAGGUGCACCUGAUGCCGCCGAGAAGUCUAAUAUAGCCGGUAAAGUCUUUGCAGCUAUAUACGAAGAAUGGCAUCGAAGCUCUAUUGGGCCAAACAUCGAGUUUGGCCAUUUCUUCGCAGCACCCGUUCGAAUUACAGCUACGGGCCCAUCGAGCCUACCACAGAUCUUGAGGGCACAUUCGUCGCUUUUUGCUCAAGCACAGCACAUCUCUUCGAACACGGAUAACUAUUCGGUGCAUCCUCUUCUUCCUGCCGUCAUCCUUGUAUGCGACCGACGUGACUAUAGGGUUGGACGACGAGAUGGUUGCUUCAGUCUUCGCGAAGUGGCGAGCACGCAGACUGUCCUGGUUGUUCUUACCGAAACAAGUCAAAUCAGCACCGAUGUUCACGUUACUCUGGAUCAUCUCGAACGAUUCGCUUUGCCCAUCGAAAGAGCCGAUUCCACUGGCCUUAAUGUCCUGCGAGUGCCCCUGGAUAUUGCUGUGAAUUUUGUCGUUGAGUUAGAGGGUAGGAUCGACGAGCAAAGGAAACCAGGCAUUCAAAACUUAGACACGCGCCUCUGUUGUCACGCUACACCUGUUGGGUGCAAGCGCGAGAUCACGAAUGAUCCAGACACAUGGGCUGGAACGAUGCGAGCAGAGGCAAUGUAAAUUGGGUUCAAAAAGUUGGAGGGUACAAAAUAUGCCGCCAUACGCGUCCAUGCACACCUUUCCGGACAAGAUUCAGAUUACGAGCUAGAACACAUACCAUUCAGCCAGUGGUGGAAACCC